AUGGAGGGGCGGCACCUGAGCGUCACAGGGUUGCUAAUAGUGCUGAAGCGAGCUAGCGCGAAUCCUGAAGUGGAGUCCGACAAGCCCGACGACGGGUUGCUGAACGACGGGGCGUUCUCGCGUGGCGCGUCGCCGGGACCGGGCCGCUUCGCGAACGACACCUCGUACCUGGAGGCCCGCCUCGCAGAGUCCGGGGCGGGCGGCCUCGGAUCGCCCGGGGCGGCGUUCGGGACCGAGGUGCGGUCGCGCGUGUGCAGGACGCCCCUCUGCCGCGGCGCCAUCGACGAAUUGCGUGCGCUGCUCGCCCCCUGCCCCGGCGGCGCCGGCGACCGCGGCAGGGCCGCGCGCCUGGUGCGCGCCCUGCGGGACACCUCGGGCAGCUGCGCGCGCGUGCUGCUCGGGGAGGCAGAGCCGUACACUGUGCAAGCGGACGCGGUGGUGCAGGGCAUCAACACGAUCAGCAAUGAGGAUCGCUGGAGGCCCUGCGCGGACACAUGUUCGAAGGCAUCGCCGACGCGCUCAACUUCUCGAGGAGGACCACGCGGCCGCACCGACCUGAGCCGGGCCGCCGCCGCCUUCGGCUACGCCUCGCAGGUCACUGGCCCGGGCUACUCCACCGCGGACCUGCGGGUCUCGGUGCAGGUGCAGCCCGCAGCGGUGGGCGCGGGCGUGCCGGCCCCGCACCUGGGCUCGCUGGACGACGCGCCCGUCACCCAGAAGAGCAUGGCCUACGUGCCCGUGGGCCUGGAGGGCAGCCCGUGCUCGGGCUGCACUGUGCCGAACCUGCAGAUGCUGUCCGUGCAGCCUGCGUGGAACGCCUCCGACGUCGACCCCGCGUCGGAGAUCCAUGUCACUUUCCAGGAUUUCGUGGAAAAGGUCCCGCACAGGGGCGCGAGGAUCCGCGUCUUCCCCACGGCGCUGCGCUCGCUGUGCGAGCGGCCCGACACGCAGUUCCU